AUUUCUAAAAAUCGCGCAACACUGCGCAUCUAAAUGACAACACACUAUACUCUUCAUAACAACUGAUGUUUGUUUUUUGUUUUGUCGGUGUUUAUUACGUGCAGUUGAGAGAGUUCUAAAUUUUCCAAAAUUUUCCAUGAUCAUCACAGCCAAGUGACUGCCAAACGAGAUAAACAAAACUAUUUCUUCACACACAAUCGCUAGAGUACGCUUUUCUCGUCAAUUCCAUGUCUCUAUCGAGCCAUGUACCGGGCUCAAGUGCCAAAACAACAAUCACUCACCUGGCUCGCUUUAUCGAUGUCAACAGAGACAUCCCCAAAUUCCACAUGCCUGCACGAGCAAUGAGUGAACAGGCAGCGUCUUCCAUCAUUCGAAAUGAACUGAAACUGGAUGGCAAUCCCGAUCUGAACUUGGCUUCAUUUGUCACGACGGAAGUCGACCAAGAAUGUCACGGUUUGAUGAUUGCAAAUUUGAAUAAGAAUCUGGUCGACACGAGCCAGUAUGGACAUACUAGUGAAAUUCAGGAUCGAUGCGUCAAUAUUUUGGCAAAUUUGUUUCACGCACCUACGAACGAUAACGAUUACGAAGGUGGAGCGGUUGGAACGGCCACUGUCGGUUCAAGUGAAGCAAUUAUGUUGGCCGGACUAGCACUUAAAUGGCGCUGGCGAUCAGCACAGGCUGCAAAACAAGGAAAGUUGCCAGAUGAAAUAACAACUCGAUGCAAUUUGAUAUUUAGUGCUGCCGUUCACGUCAGUGUCCUAAAACUGUGUCGAUACUUCGAUAUCGAUGCUCGAAUUAUUCCGUUAGAAGAGGAUCGUUACACACUCGACAUCGACCAAGUGAUUAGCCGAUGCGAUGAAAACACAUGCGGCGUACUUGCCAUCCUCGGUACGACCCUGACUGGCGAGUUUGAUGACAUCAAGGCAUUGAACGGUGCAUUGUUGAAACUGAAGGAUGAAAAGGGACUCGAUAUUCCUAUUCACGUUGACGGUGCGUCCGGUGCCAUGAUUGCUCCGUUCGUGUAUCCCACUGUCGAUUGGGAUUUCAGAUUGGAGCAAGUUCGAUCGAUUAACACGAGCGGUCACAAAUACGGACUAGUACUACCGGGUUUGGGCUGGGUCAUAUGGCGUCGUAAGGAAGAUCUUCCUGACGACUUGAUCUUCCACGUCAACUACUUGGGAGUCGAUGAACCAACAUUCACUCUCAAUUUCUCACGUUCUGCUGCCACCGUUAUCGGGCAAUACUAUCAAUUUAUCCGCUUAGGCGUCGAAGGUUACAAACGAAUUAUGAGUCUAUCAGUGGACAAUGGAAAAUAUUUAGCCGAAUCGUUGAUGUCAAUGAGUGAAGGACUGUUUAUCAUUCGCAGUCAAAAUGACAAGCCUUCCUUGCCGAUGGUCGCAUUCUCACUGAAUCCAACGAAAAAUUUAAAGUUCAAUGAAAAGGCUUUAGUCCGAUCAUUGAGGGAGCGUGGUUGGAUUAUACCUGUCUAUAGUCUAGCUGCCAAUGCCAGCGAUAUUACCGUUUGCAGAAUUGUCGUACGAGAAACGUUCACCUCCAACACAGCUUCGCUUCUUAUCGAGGAUAUUCGACUCGUGCUGAUUCGUUUGGCCGAUCAGCAUGGACACCAGGAUUUGGUUGAAACGUUAAAAGCAGCUCGGGAUGACGCACACCAGCAUCGACGAUCGCAACAACAUGGUGAAAGGGUAGCAAAAAAUAUUCAAUCAAACAAAGAAGCUAGAAACAGCAAUGGUGGUGCAAAAAAAUUUAAAAAUAAUGAACAUCAUACCGGGCAUACCAUUUGCUAAACCAUUUGUUAAACAUUCGGACGAGGCCUUCGAUCUUCUAUCGAACAAGGUGACUCUUUUAGUACAAUUAAUUGUGACAAGCAGGAAAGUGUGAGAAAUUAAUUUCUUAUUCUUCUUAGGAUGGCACAUCCCAAAAAAAAACAUAGCUAACGCCGACCCGU